AUGGGCGAUAAACGCGUCGUCCUGAACAAGGAUAUAUUUUUUCAAAGAGCCGAACGACUAUACGAGCUCUGGGAAACCGGACAAGUCGGUCUCGACUCGGUCAAUUCCAUUGCUGUUGCCUACGGAGACAGUGAAAAUCCGUACACAAAGUCGAGCGCACUUCACUCCUGGCUUUUCGGUCAUGAAAUCAACGACACAGCUCUCCUGUUCCUCAAAGACCACAUCUAUAUUCUUGGAAGUAACCGCAAAGUUGAGUUCUUCGGAACAGUAACUGGCGUUCAAUAUAACGGGAGAGUUCCACCAGUUAGCACACUUCUUCGAGAUAAGUCGGACAAAGAUGCGGGAAAUUUCGAAAAGCUGAUUGACUAUAUCAAACGUGCUGAAGGAGAUCUGGGAUCUUUCGUCAAAGAAAAGUUCAACUCGGAUUUCGUAAACGCUUGGAAUGAUGCACUCAAAGCCGAUGACAUAAACAAAACUGACGUUUCUCUUGCCUUCAUGCAUUUGUUUGCAGUAAAAGACGAUAAAGAGUUGGAACUUGUUCGCAAGUCAGCUCAAGUCACAACCACUUCCUGGACUGCAGCUAGACAACGUUAUGUCGAAAUUAUCGAUUCGGAAAGGCGAGUUCGUCACUCUGUCUUGUCAUCUGAGUUCAGCGCAUACAUGAAAGAUCCCAAAAUUCAACAAUCAUUGGCUAAGUACAACGCGGACACAUGCUACGAUCCAAUUGUUAUGUCAGGCGGAAACUACUCAUUCAAGUGGAAUCAUGAUAAUUCUGAAGCUCAUCUUCACAACCAGUUCGGUUCAAUCAUCACCUCGUUCGGAGCUAGACUUUCGGAUUAUUGUACCAACUUGACUCGUACAAUGCUCAUUUUCCCGUCGGCUGAGUUGGAAGCAGCGUAUGAAGCUAUUCUUGCUGCGGAAUUUGCAGUUAUUGCUGCUCUCAAACCUGGUGUCAAGCUGAAGGAUGUUUACAAAAUCGGUGUUGACACGCUCACCGAAAAGAAUCCAAAACUUGCCGAAACGCUUAACAAGAAGGAGCUAGGAUUCGCAACUGGCAUCGAAUUCCGGGAGAGUCGACUUUCCAUCAAUGCCAAAUGUGAAGAGGUUGUUAAGGAAGGGAUGGUUUUCAUUGUCUAUAUUGGAGUUGAUAGCAUUCCAAAUAAGAACAAAGGAGAGAAAGGAAAACCUGCAGCCAUCGCUAUUUCGGACACAAUUCUAGUUAAAGCAGAGGGCGACAAUGAAGUACUUACUGAGAAGGCCAAGUCCCGCCUGAAGUCGAAUGUUAUCAAGUUCAAGGAAGAGCAGGAGAACAGAGAAACUGAAAGAGAUACCGAUCAAAAGAAACUGCUCGGUAGAGGACAACGGAGUGUGGUUCUCAAUGACCAAACGAGAAAUAAAACAACCAACGAAGACCUUCGUAAAGAACGUCAGAAAGAGCUGGGAAAGCAGCUUAAUUUGAACGCAAAAGCUCGUCUCUCAAAGCAAGAUGGAGGGACCGACGAGAAGAAAGUCAAAAAGUCCAAUGUGUCUUACAAGAAUGAAGAGAGAUUCCCACAGGACACAGAUGUUCAGAAAAUGCUGAUUUUCGUAGACCGAAAGUACGACUCGGUUAUUGUGCCGAUCUUUGGAAUCCCAGUUCCAUUCCACAUCUCUAUGAUAAAAAAUUGCUCUCAAUCCGUGGAAGGAGAUUUUACAUAUCUCCGAAUCAACUUCGCCACUCCAGGAUCUCAAGUUGGAAAAGACAACGCACAAUUCCCGCACCCACUUGCCCAUUUCAUGAAAGAACUCACCUUCCGCGCUAGCAAUAUCAAAGAACAUCACAGUGAUGCUACGCCACCGAGCAGUAAUCUCAGCACAGCUUUCCGUCAGAUCAAAGAAAUGCAGAAACGUUUCCGCACGGAGGAAGCUGAAGAGCGUGAGAAGGAUGGUGCUGUUAAACAAGACAAGCUCAUUUUGAGCCAAAACAAGCUAAAUCCAAAAUUGAAAGAUUUGCUCAUCCGUCCAAACAUCAUCCAGAAGCGGAUCACUGGAUCACUUGAAGCUCACACUAAUGGUUUCAGAUACACUUCUCUUCGAGGAGAUCGUAUUGAUGUGCUUUAUAAUAAUAUCAAGCAUGCGUUCUUCCAACCGUGUGAUAAUGAGAUGAUCAUUCUCCUUCAUUUCCAUCUCAAGAAUCCGGUCAUGUGGGGAAAGAAAAAGUACAAAGAUGUUCAGUUCUACACCGAAGUCGGAGAGAUCACGACAGAUCUUGGAAAGUAUCACCAUAUGCAAGAUCGUGAUGAUAUGCACAGUGAACAACAAGAACGAGAACUUCGUCGUCGUCUGAAUACCACUUUCAACAGUUUCUGUGAGAAAGUGUCCCGUCUGACCAAUGAUCAGUUUGAAUUCGAUUCCCCAUUUGCUGGGCUUGGCUUUUUCGGAGUUCCCUUCCGUUCAGCGACUACUCUCAAGCCGACAGCUUCGUGCUUGGUUAAUCUCACCGAAUGGCCACCAUUCAUCGUCACUCUUUCCGAAGUGGAGCUUGUUCACUUCGAACGUGUUUCGUUGCAACUCAAGAAUUUCGAUAUGGUUUUUAUUUUCAAAGAUUACAAAAUGAAGACCCAAAUGGUUGCUCAAAUUCCGAUGAGCAGUAUCGACAAGAUUAAAGAGUGGCUCCACACUUGUGACAUUUGGUACAGCGAAGGAAUUCAGUCUCUCAAUUGGGCCAAGGUUAUGAAGACUAUCACUGACGAUCCUGAAGACUUCUUCGAGAACGGUGGAUGGACCUUCCUCGACGCUGAAUCAGAGGGUGAAGACGCAGGCGACGAUUCUGAUGAAUCCGAUGCUUAUGACCCAGAAGAAGCAGAUGCAUCCGAUGGUGGUUCAAGCAGUGCUAGCGAUGAAGAUGAAAGCGAGGGCGAAGAAACUGAAUCUGACGAUGACGAGGAAGGUUCGUUGGAUUCUGAUGAAUCCGAAGGCAAGGACUGGUCGGAUCUCGAAGAAGAAGCAGCGAAGGCGGACAAGAGACGUGAAGUUGAAGACGGAGGACGCGAUCGUGAUCGUGAUCGCGAUCGCAAAAGACCGAGCUCGAGCAAGGCAGGACCAUCGCACAAACGCAGAAAGUAA